AUGCCCAAUCCAGAGAGACAUGGGGGCAAGAAGGACGGGAGUGGGGGAGCUUCUGGAACUUUGCAGCCGUCAUCGGGAGGUGGCAGCUCCAACAGCAGAGAGCGUCACCGCUUGGGGUCGAAGCACAAGCGGCAUAAGUCCAAGCACUCCAAAGACAUGGGAUUGGUGACACCCGAAGCAGCACCUUUGGGCACAGUUAUCAAACCUUUGGUGGAAUAUGAUGACAUUAGCUCUGAUUCCGAUACCUUUUCUGACGACCUGGCUUUCAAACUGGACCGGAGGGAAAAUGAUGAACGUCGCGGGACUGAUCGCAGUGACCGCCUCCAUAAACACCGUCACCACCAGCACCGACGUACUCGCGACUUAUUAAAAACUAAGCAGACAGAGAAAGAAAAAAACCUGGAAGCCUCCAGCAAGUCGGGCUCGACGAAGGACCGGAUAUCAGGAAGUUCAAAGCGUUCAAAUGAGGAGAAUGAUGACCACGGGAAGGCUCAGAUCUCGAAAAGCACCAACAAGGAAUCCAGGUCAUCCAAACUCCAUAAGGAGAAGACCCGGAAAGAACGUGAGUUGAAAUCGGGACACAAAGACCGAAGUAAAAGUCAUCGGAAAAGGGAAACACCCAAAAGUUACAAAACCGUGGACAGCCCUAAACGGAGAUCCCGGAGUCCCCACCGGAAGUGGUCCGACAGUCCCAAGCAAGAUGAUAGCCCCUCCGGAGCUUCUUACGGCCAAGAUUAUGACCUUAGUCCCCCGAGAUCUCACACCUCUAGCAAUUAUGACUCCUACAAGAAGAGUCCGGGAAGUACCUCUAGAAGGCAGUCGAUCAGCCCACCUUACAAGGAGCCUUCCGCCUACCAGUCCAGCACUCGGUCACCCAGUCCCUACAGUAGACGACAGAGGUCUGUGAGUCCCUAUAGCCGGCGACGUUCUUCCAGCUAUGAAAGGAGUGGCUCUUACAGUGGGAGAUCACCCAGUCCCUACGGUCGAAGGCGGUCCAGCAGCCCUUUUCUGAGCAAGCGCUCUCUGAGCCGGAGCCCACUUCCCAGUAGAAAAUCAAUGAAGUCUAGAAGUAGAAGUCCUGCAUAUUCAAGACACUCAUCUUCUCAUAGUAAAAAGAAGAGAUCCGGGUCACGCAGUCGACAUUCCAGUAUCUCACCUGUCAGGCUUCCAUUGAACUCCAGCUUGGGAGCUGAACUCAGUAGGAAAAAGAAGGAAAGAGCAGCAGCUGCUGCAGCAGCAAAAAUGGAUGGGAAGGAAUCCAAGGGUUCACCUAUAUUUUUGCCUAGAAAAGAGAACAGUUCAGUGGAGGCUAAGGAUUCAGGCUUGGAGCCUAAAAAGUUACCCAGAGGUGUAAAAUUGGAAAAAUCUGCCCCAGAUACUGAACUGGUGAAUGUAACACAUCUUAACACAGAGGUCAAAAAUUCUUUAGAUACAGGGAAAGUGAAGUUGGAUGAGAACUCUGAGAAGCAGCCUGUUCUUAAAGAUACGAAAGUACAGGGAACAAGAGACUCUAAACCUGUAGCACUGAAAGAGGAGAUUGUUACUCCAAAAGAGACAGAGACAUCUGAAAAGGAGACCCUUCCACCUCUUCCCACAGUUACUUCUCCACCUCCUUUACCAACUACUACCCCUCCACCACAGACACCCCCCUUGCCACCUUUGCCUCCACUGCCAGCUAUUCCACAGCAGCCACCUCUGCCUCCUCCCCAGCCAACAUUUAGUCAGGUUCUUUCUUCAAGUACUUCAACUUUGCCCCCCUCUGUUCAUCCAAGGACAUCUACUCUGUCCUCUCAGGCAAAUUCUCAGCCCCCUGUACAGGUUUCUGUGAAGACUCAAGUAUCUGUAACAGCUGCUAUUCCACACCUAAAAACUUCAACGUUGCCUCCUCUGCCCCUCCCACCCUUAUUACUGGGAGAUGAUGACAUGGAUAGUCCGAAAGAAACUCUACCUUCAAAACCUGUGAAGAAAGAGAAAGAACAAAGACCACGUCACCUACUCACAGACCUCCCUCUCCCUCCAGAGCUCCCUGGUGGGGAUCCAUCUCCCCCAGACUCUCCAGAACCAAAGGCAAUCACACCACCUCAGCAACCAUACAAAAAGAGACCAAAAAUUUGUUGUCCACGUUACGGAGAAAGAAGACAAACAGAAAGUGACUGGGGGAAACGCUGUGUGGACAAGUUUGACAUUAUUGGGAUUAUUGGAGAGGGAACUUAUGGCCAGGUAUAUAAAGCCAAGGACAAAGACACAGGAGAGCUAGUAGCCCUGAAGAAGGUGAGACUGGACAAUGAAAAAGAGGGCUUCCCAAUCACAGCCAUUCGUGAGAUCAAAAUCCUUCGUCAGCUGAUCCACCGAAGUGUUGUUAACAUGAAGGAAAUUGUCACAGAUAAGCAGGAUGCACUGGAUUUCAAGAAGGACAAAGGAGCCUUUUACCUUGUAUUUGAAUAUAUGGACCAUGACUUAAUGGGACUUCUGGAAUCUGGUUUGGUGCACUUUUCUGAGGACCAUAUCAAGUCAUUCAUGAAACAGCUAAUGGAAGGAUUGGAUUACUGUCACAAAAAGAAUUUCCUGCAUCGGGAUAUUAAGUGUUCUAACAUUUUGCUGAACAACAGUGGUCAGAUCAAACUAGCAGAUUUUGGACUUGCUCGGCUCUAUAAUUCUGAAGAGAGCCGUCCUUAUACAAACAAAGUUAUUACUCUGUGGUACCGACCUCCAGAACUUCUGCUGGGAGAGGAGCGUUAUACACCAGCGAUAGAUGUUUGGAGCUGUGGAUGCAUUCUUGGGGAACUAUUCACAAAGAAGCCUAUUUUUCAAGCCAAUCUGGAACUGGCUCAGCUAGAACUCAUCAGUCGACUCUGUGGUAGCCCUUGUCCAGCUGUGUGGCCUGAUGUUAUCAAGCUGCCCUACUUCAAUACAAUGAAACCGAAGAAGCAAUAUAGAAGGCGCCUACGAGAAGAAUUCUCUUUCAUUCCUUCAGCAGCACUUGAUUUACUCGACCACAUGCUGACGUUAGAUCCUAGCAAACGUUGUACAGCUGAACAGACUCUACAGAGUGAUUUCCUUAAAGAUGUUGAGCUCAGCAAAAUGGAUCCUCCAGACCUCCCCCACUGGCAGGAUUGCCAUGAAUUAUGGAGUAAGAAACGGCGACGGCAGCGACAAAGUGGUGUUUUGGUAGAAGAGCCACCUCCACCCAAAGCCUCUCGAAAAGAAACUAUCUCAGGGACAAGUGCUGAGCCUGUAAAGAACAGCAGCCCAGCACCACCUCAGCCUGCUCCUGGCAAGGUGGAACCUGGGGCUGGGGAUGCAAUAGGCCUCGGUGAUAUCACACAGCAGUUGAAUCAAAGUGAAUUGGCAGUGUUACUGAACCUGCUGCAGAGCCAAACGGACCUGAGCAUUCCUCAAAUGGCGCAGCUGCUUAACAUCCACUCCAACCCAGAGAUGCAACAGCAGCUGGAGGCCCUGAACCAAUCCAUCAGUGCCCUAACGGCUGCCACUUCCCAACAGCAGGACUCAGAGCCCACAGCCCCAGAGGAAUCUUUGAAGGAGAUAGCCCCUGCCCCAGCGGUCCAACCUUCAGCAGAACAGACAACCCCUGAAGCUUCAAGCACACCAGCUGACAUGCAGAAUAUGUUGGCAGUUCUUUUGAGUCAACUGAUGAAAACCCAGGAGCCAGCAGGCAACCUGGAGGAAAGCAACAGUGACAAGAACAGUGGGCCACAGGGGCCCCGAAGAACUCCCACAAUGCCACAGGAGGAGGCAGCAGCAUGUCCUCCUCACAUUCUUCCACCAGAGAAGAGGCCCCCUGAGCCCCCCGGACCUCCACCGCCGCCACCUCCACCCCCUCUGGUUGAAGGCGAUCUUUCCAGCGCCCCCCAGGAGUUGAACCCAGCCGUGACAGCCGCCUUGCUGCAACUUUUAUCCCAGCCUGAAGCAGAGCCUCCUGGCCACCUGCCACAUGAGCACCAGGCCUUGAGAUCAAUGGAUUACUCCACCCGACCCCAUCCUAACAGGACUUACGGAAACACUGACGGGCCUGAAACAGGGUUCAGUGCCACUGACACUGAUGAACGCAACUCUGGUCCAGCCUUGACAGAAUCUUUGGCCCAGACCCUGGUGAAGAACAGGACCUUCUCGGGCUCUGUGAGCCACCUUGGGGAGUCCAGCAGUUACCAGGGCACAGGGUCAGUGCAGUUCCCAGGGGACCAGGACCUCCGUUUUGCCAGGGUCCCCUUAGCAUUACACUCAGUGGUCGGGCAACCAUUCCUGAAGGCUGAGGGAAGCAGCAACUCUGUGGUACAUGCAGAGACCAAAUUGCAAAACUAUGGGGAGCUGGGGCCAGGAACCACUGGGACCAGCAGCUCAGGAGCAAGCCUUAACUGGGGGUCCUCAGCUCAGUCUUCUGCUUAUGGCAAAGUGUAUCGGGGGCCUACGAGAGUCCCUCCAAGAGGGGGAAGAGGGAGAGGAGUUCCUUACUAACCUAGAGACUUCAGAGUCCUGAAAGAUCCCUUCCCUAUCCAUUCUUCCAUCCAGUCCUCUGAACCUUUAAUGAAAUAAUUUGCCAGAGCGAGGUAAUCAUCUGCAUUUGGCUAUUGCAAAGCUAUCUGUUGUAUUCCUUGCUCACUUGCUCCUAGCAAGUGACUUAUAAAAUAGUGAUAUUGGCACCAGUUCCUCCUGGAUGGGAUAUAGUCAGAAUAUUUACUUCAACUCUACCUAGUAAAUACAAGUAGAGAAUAUGGAGAGGGUCAUUAAAUUGAAAAGUAAAUUUUAAUUAGUUCAUUUCCUACACUUCUUGAGCAGAAGAAGGAAACAGUUUCAAUUUUGAGAUGGCUCAGGAGAGUUUCUUAAAGUUUUUUUUUUUUUAAUGGUUUCUUUUGAAUUUAGGUUUUUUGGUUUCUUUCCUUUUUGUUUUUUUAUUUUUUAAGAGAAUAGUGUUCACAGAAUUUGAGCUGCUCUUAGGCUUUUGCUUUAAGGGAAACAGAGUGACUGGCUGGUUUAAAUAAAUGUUUCCUUCCUCUCCACCAUCUCACAUUUUUGCUUUCAAGUGAACUCUUUUUUUACCCAUUGAGCAUCUUGAACAUACCUUUUUUCCAAAUAAAUUGCUCAUUCUUAAAGUUUGCUCCACUUUGAGAAAAGACAUGCCCCCACCCCCCUCCCUGCACAUGAAGCAGGUUGUAGAAAGUGGCAUUCUUGGGCAAGUAGGUAGACUUUAUCCCAUCUCUUUACCUUUUUUAUCCCAUCUUUAUAGACUUUCUCUUUCUCUCUAUCGCUCUCUUUUUGAGGCAUUUGUUUGGAAAAAAAAUUAAUUGUUGAGAUGCCCAAGA